GUUGGCCUUGAUUCCUUCCCCCGGGGGUCGCAUUAGGCACACCGUACCACUCGUGCGUAGGGUUUGAAAGACGCACGCGCGCGCCUCCAGCCCAGCCCGCACUGUGAGAGCAUCUUGAGAGCGCUGUGUGCAGCGCGGUCGCGAGGGGCAGCCCGAAACGCCAUGGUGAAGGUGCAGCCCACGACCGAUCAUGAUGGUGUCGCCGCAGCAGCGCCCUCCGACCUGGCCGAGGCUGCCGAGGCACCGGCCCCAGCAUGCACACAAGAGCAUGAAAGCGACGGCACCGACAAAGCGCCGUCGCGGCGGUCGCUCGUGCUGAAGGGGCACACGCGCGCGGUCGAAUGCCUGGUCGUGCUCGACGGCGGCCGGCUCGCGUCGGGCAGCCGCGACAAAUCCAUCAUCGUCUGGAACCUCGCGGACGGCAAGCAGCUCGCCAAGCUCGAGGGGCACUCGGACAGGGUCUUCGCUCUGGCCGCGCUCGACGGCGACCGGCUCGCGUCGGGCGGCGGUGAAGACUCCGACAUCGACGAGAGCGACGAAGAAUCUUCAGAGCUGCUCAUCUGGAACGUCGCGGACGGCUCGCAGCUCACCACGCUCAAGGGACACACGGGCGCGGUCGAAUGCCUGGCCGCGCUCGACGGCGACCGGCUCGCAUCGGGUGGUGGCUACGAAGACAGAUCCAUCAUCAUCUGGAAUCUCGCGGACGGCUCACAGGUCGCCACGCUCGAGGGGCACAAGAGCUGGGUCAAUUGCCUAACCGCGCUCGACGGCGACAGACUCGCGUCGGGCAGCCGCGACCGAUCAAUCAUCAUCUGGAGCCUCGCGGAUGGCACGCAGCUCGCCAAGCUCGAGGGGCACGAGGGCAGUGUCCUGUGCCUGGCCGCGCUCCCCGGCGGCCGGCUCGUGUCGGGCAGCGCCGACGAGUCCAUCAUCAUCUGGAGCCUCGCGGACGAAAAACAGCUCGCCAAGCUCGAGGGGCACACGGACGAGGUCCAAUGCCUGGCGGCGCUCGACGGCGACCGGCUCGCGUCGGGCAGCGCCGACAAGUCCAUCGUCAUCUGGAACGUCGCGGACGGCGCGCAACUCGCCAAGCUCGAGGGGCACACGGGCUGGGUCAAUUGCCUGGCCGCGCUCGACGGCGACCGGCUCGCGUCGGGGAGCAGCGACAAGACGAUUCGCAUCCGGUCCCUGGAGAAACUUACUGCUCUUGUCGCGUGCCGUUCUGCGUUCGAGUUCGAAGAGGUCGCGCGGGCGUGUCGCGAGCAGAACUGCCUCGGCGACCUCUUCGACGCGGCCACUGGGCGAAUAGGCGAUGAGAAACUUACUAUCCCAGGUGCCCCUUCAGCAAGAGUUACCACGCAAGCCCACGUCUUCGACGCCAUCGCCAAAGUCAUCACCGACGACGAUAACACGGUGCUCGUCGAGAGACUCUUAGGCCUCGUGCGCGACGACGACCUGCUGCCCGACCUUAAGCGACAGGGCGUGUCGGACGCCGCGAUCGAGAAACUCGCGCCGACGGCGUUAUUUCGAGUUGUGAUCGACGGGAAGUACGUCGCCGGCCCGCGGCUCCUCCUCUACGUCGAGUUCGUAUCUUUCCUGGUAGUCAUGCUCUGCUUCGCGCGCGUCGCGACCUUUGAAGUGCUCGGUUGGUCGAACCCGUGGCUGCUGGCCAACAAAGCAUUCGAGAAGACCGCCGCGCUUGUUGUCGCCUUCGCGGUACUCGCGUACUUCUCCGCGCGCGAGGUGGGCCAGAUAAGGUCCGCGCGUGCGAUCGAGCUGGCGACGCCUGAGGAUCGUAUAUCCACCAAGUAUAAUCCGGCUACAGAAAAAUGGGAAUACGAAGCACAAGGCCUCGCGUGGUACGCGCUGGCGAUCCCGCGGCUCCUCGUGCUCUUCGUGGCGUGUUUGCUGUUGUCUCCAAUCCUCCUCGUGUUCAUCCCCCUGGCGUGCGCCGGGAAAGAAUACGAGUGGAUGGAUGCGUUCGGAGAAUGGUUCGAAAAAACCAUCGGCAACCCCAUCGGCCACGACCCACUCACCUUCCUCGGCCUGCCGCGCGCCUGGCGCGGAGAUUAUUGGAACUGGAUCGACACGGCGACGCUCGGUUGCGCCUGGGCGGCCUUCGCGCGCGCCGCGACGCCGGGGACGAAUCUGAGCACAGACCACGCGGCUGCCACAGCGAUGCUUCUGUGGCUCCGUCUCUUCGGCUUCCUGAAGAACAUCAACCAAAGCCUCGCGACGUUUGUUUUGAUGUUCGAGCGGAUCGUGCGCGAUCUGAGGGUGUUCAUGGUCUUUUUCCUCAUGAUAAUUCUAGCCUUUGGGAGCGCGUUCUACUUGUACCUCGGGCAACACGAGGCGGAAUACUACGGAUUUCAUGACGACGGUGCACCGAACGCGUUCGAAUCGGUCCGGAUGACUAUUUUCUCGCUGCUUCUGCUUGGGUUCAUCGGAGAUUAUGAUCUCGAUAACUAUCCCAAAUCCGCGGAUCGAACGUACUUGGUUCUAUUCCUGGUGGUCGUCGUCAUCGUGCAACUGAAUAUUUUGAUUGCGAUUGUGUCCGAUAGCUACGAUGCGGCCAUGGCAAAAAGCGAAGGCCUCUACUACCGCUCGCACCUCGAGCUCGUGUCGGAGACGGCCUGGGCCGCGCAGCGAUUCCCGAGACGACUACUACCCACGAUCGACGAGGGUUGGAUCAAAAAGCGGCUCGCGGCAGCCCUUGAGGAGACCAAAGGCGGGGACGACGACCAGGGGCGCAUCAAUUACACGUCGCAAAGAACAAGAGCAAUGGUGCAGGCCGACACACGGCGCGCCAUCGCGGACCUGGAAGCGCGCAUGGACGCGAAGUUCGACGAGGUGCUGAAGCUCCUACGGGCGCGCCCGGCGUAGUAGGAAUAAAAAACAUGUACUGUUA